GAGUGAGCACAGGGAGCUUGGGCUGCUAAAUGCUCCAGCCUCAAAGGGACGAUGGUGGAGGGCUGGUAAAGAUGGCGGCGCUCUCCGAGGAUGGGAGGUACGGAUUAAAUUGUGGCCAACAGAGCGCCGACAGAGUCACCGUAUUACACGUCAAAUUGACUGAAACAGCACUGAGAGCGAUAGAGAGCCACCAAAAGUGUCUGAAUGUACCUUCUUUGCGGCCAACGAUACAAUUCAAGGGACUCCAGGGGCGCAUUAAAAUUCCCAAGACAGAUUCCUCCUCUGACACCUUCCACAAUUUUGAUUUCUAUCUGUCUAACGUGGGCAAGGACAACCCACAGGGAAGCUUUGAUUGCAUCCAUCAGUAUGUGUCAAGCUCAGGGGCCUCACACCUGGCAUUGUUGGCAACAGUACAGGACAAGGUCACCGUGUGUGCCACUAAUGACUCCUACCAGGUGACCCGGGAACGCAUGACCCAGGCUGCCGAGGACACACGUGAACGUGGGACCAAAGUCAUCAAACCUGGGGGCCAGUAUAGAGGAAAGCAAGUCCAUAUCCGUAAGCCGGCGCUGUCAAACACAGAGGUGGUCCCAGAGCGCAAGCGCUCCACACCCAUAAACCCAGCCAACACUAUUCGCAAGUGCCUUUCCAAUAACCCUGUGUCCCAGCGGCCGUUCCGGGACCGCAUCGUCCACCUGCUGGCGCUGAGGUCUUACAAAAAGCUGGAAGUGCUUGCCCGUUUACAGCGGGACGGUAUCAACCAGAAAGACCGAAACUCAUUGGGGACCACCCUGCAACAGGUGGCAAACCUGAACCCCAAAGACAACACAUACUCAUUGAAGGACUUUAUAUAUCGUGAUGUCCAGCGAGACUGGCCUGGCUACUCUGAGGAUGAGAAGUCCCAGGUUGACCGGAUCCUGGCUCGCAAAUUAGGUCUUCCUACUGAGACCCUCUCAUCUAGCAGUUCUCCCAAAGACAGUGUCCCCACAUCCCCCCAGAAGCGCCAGCCAGACUUUGACUUCAUCGAUCCUUUGGCGCCCAAGAAAGCCCGCAUCUCCCACCUCAGCAAUCGAGGGCCAGCCGCAUCUUCAUCCUCCUCUUCCUCUGACCGCCGUGAGGACGAGGGCAGCCACAGCACUAAACGCUCGUCCCUACCCUCCAACAUCACCUCGGGCCCUCCCACCCAUCUCCCCAUCUCCUCCCACCCUCCUGCACCUUCACACCAGCAGCCCAGCCCAGCCUCCAACUCCAACUCCCCCAGCACCCCGGAGGGCUGUGGCACCCAAGACCUGCCCAUGGACCAGAGUUCCUCCUGCAGAGACCCUUCACCCAGCCCCUUUUCCUCAGAUAGGGCCUUGCAGGACCGCUAUAGGCACCCUGCCCCUGUCCCCAGACCAGCCACCUCCCCCAGCCCCCCUCCUCCGCCGCCUCCUCCUCCUCCCUGCACCUCACUCACAGUUACCUCUACCGUCAUCACCAGCCCUCCUUUGUCCAGCAGUACUAAAAAGAAGAAAAAAUCCAAGAAGCACAAAGAGAAGGAUCGAGAGAGGGAGAAAGGGAAACAGACGGAAAGAAGCAGCAGAAGUCCUCCCAUUGUAGCAGAGCAGGCUGAAGAGACUCGUAGAGCCAAAAAGAGGCGCAGUGCUGAGGAAGAGAGCAGAGAAGUUAUCGACAAGAAUCCUCAAAAAGAUCAAGAUUCUUCAGAUAAAGAGAAGCCAGUCCAGUCCACUGAAUUCUCCUCCACAGUCGAGAUGCCUGACUAUGUAGUGAAGUACAUGCCGUUGAUGUCCAUUGACCAGCGACAAAGCUACAAGGAUGACUUCAAUGCAGAGUAUGAUGAGUAUCGCCUUCUACACGCCCGCGUGGAGAACAUCACCCGCCGGUUUACCCAGCUGGAUGCCCAGUGCCGGAAGCUGGCACCUGGCACCAAAGAAUACCAGAAGGUGCAAGAAGAAGUCUUGAAAGAGUACAAAAAGAUGAAACAACGCAGCCCCAACUACCACGAGGAGAAACAGCGCUGCGAGUACCUGCACAACAAGCUGGCCCACAUCAAGCGGCUAAUAGCUGAUUUUGACCAGCGCAGAGCCCAGGCUUGGUGCUGAGAGCACACAACAUCUUCACUAAUCAGUAUUGAGAACGGCGUGUUGAACCAGGAGGGGGUGUCCAACUGGCUGUUAUUUAACACCCCUUCAGUUACUGCCUCCACAACAGCCCCCCCUCCCACCUCUCUUCCUUCCCUUUUCCCAUCAUCCUUCUUCAUUCCUUCCUUUUUUUUCCGAUCUUUGAUUCCACUGGCUUCAUUGUUGCCUGCAAUCUUGAGAAUCUCACUUUGAUUUUUACCCCCCGUCUUUUGCUUUCUCUGUAUUUUUCUUUCUCAAUGAGCUCCUGUGGAAUUUCAUACCACUGGACCACUGGAAGGGGCUGCCUGCAUGUGUGAACGGGUUUGGGGAAAUACUUCAACUCUUCUAACCUUUGAAGGACUUUAUCUUCAGGCAAAAAAAGAACAAAAAAAGUAUUUUUGAGCAUCAGAGAAAAUAUUAACAAUAUAUUUAAGUUAAAAAAAGAGGGAGAUCUAUUUAUUUUGGGACUCGUAGUGCAAAAGAAGAGUCCACAGAUGAUAUAUUGUUUAACUUUUGUUGAAAACAAUGCAAAAAAAUUACCGCGGGCCUUAUGUGUUUUGACUUUGUGAAGCCAUUUUGCACGCAAGAUCCAUUAUGUCAUCUCAUUUGGCAAAGAUGUCCCUCCUGCCUCAUUUCCUCUCUUUUCAUAGAAACUGUAGUGGAUAAGCUUGUUUCAGCACAUUGCUGUCAAUGCUGAGUCUGAGUCUGAAGAGGAAGGAAAUAAGACAGGCAGGAGAAAUCACUUGAGCUGAUUGAGAAGCAACAACCGUAUGUGUGCAUGGAUUGUAAAUGUAGUUGUAAUGGCGAUGUUGGGUGGUGAGGGUGGGGUAACUAAAGGAGUAUGAUCCCCUAUCAAUAAGGGGCAGUAUUCCCCGCACCAACAGUGUUUAGUGUCCAUGGUGCAUUAUGGGUGCCUUAAGGUGUUUACACUCGGAAACGCCGAGUUAGGCCGACCCUUAGGGUCCACAGGCUACACAAAGGAACUAUAACUGCCUGGAAACAGGUUAUGUGUGCGUGCGUGCCUGCAUGUCUGAGUGCUGGAAGGAGGAAGGGAUGUUAAGUCUGGAAGGAGUGUUACAAAUUGUAUGAGUGUGUUUUUUGUGUGUGUGUGUGUGUGUGUGUGUGUGUUAUGUUAUGGUUGUGCUUUAUGUGGUGUGACAGGUGAAAGGAAAAAAUAGAAAUGUGGAGAAAAAAGUGAGAAACAUGAAAAACAAACAAAAAAAGCUGCUAUAGUGUUUGACCAGCCAGGGCACUCAGGAUCAGCCUGGCUGGAGUAACAGUACCUGAUCUUAAUUGAAGAGAUAUAGAAGAUCCUUAUUUUCCAGAAUGGUUCACGUCAUGACCCUGGAAACGACUGCGCCCACCUCUCUCAGCUUUAUCCAGCGGCAAACAGUCUGUUUCUGUUUUAGAAAGAAGAGAAAACUCGUCAUCCACCAGAGGACUAAUCUGUAUCACAAUGUCAGAUGUAUUUGAUUCUCAGUUUGAGUUCUGCAGAGAGGUUAAAGAUUUCUGGAUAGAUUUUUUUUCCCUUUUUUUUUCAAACAUUGAUACCAAUUUAGUUCAAUGGAUGGAUGAAUGGCUUCUAUGAAAAGUCUUUAUUUCAACAAGGGAAAAUUUGUUUACAAACCUGUGUUAGAAUGUUUGCCAAAAAUUAAAUACGUUUCUGGUACUGCAUCCAUGGAGUACAAUUUCUGAUCGGGGCUUAAUUUGAGGAGACAUUGAAACUGGAAUAUAUGUCUCAUUCAGUGAAGAAAAAGUAAAACGCCAUUACAUUUGGGGAUGUGAAGAGGAACUGAACAAAGAUCAGCUACUGAAAGGUGUCGGCCCCUUUAGCGGUCUGCUCUCACAUGUUUUCAGCUAGUGUUGACAUGUAAGAGUUUCCAGUAUUGGAAAAAAAUAGGGCCACAUUGUUUCCCCCCAGAAAUGACGAUUUAAGUAAAUAUCGGCCAGUUCUAGUUCACGUAUUUUUUGGUUGUGGCAUUCCAGGAAACAGUCAGUCUCUGCAGCAGACUGGCUGUUUUGUUCGGCUGUCAGAAUUAAUUUAGCAUAAUUGCAAACUUGCCUAAAGUUACUUCUCUCAAGUUAUUUUGGACAGAAAAUCAGCACUUGUAUCUUGGAUGUGUCACAACAGUAGAUUAAAUAAUGUCCUCAGGAGUUCAGGAUAUACUCGAGAUCUACACUUACCACGGCUGUGGGCUACAGGGUCAGUCUCGGGGUUUAUUUUUCCUGUUUUCCCUUGCAAUAGUAAUUUCCCAGAAUUUAGAGCGUCACAAAGGACCACUUCAACAAAUUUAUGUUGGAGACCAGGGCUUCACGUGCAGCCUUUAUGGUGUUAUCCUUCACUUGUGUCCUCUUCUCAGCCUUCCAAUAAUGUCUCUUUAUCAAAGACAGAUUUACUUAAAUUGGGUCUGAGCGACAUGAAAUAGCAUUACAUGGCUCAUUGUGGUGAGAGGAAGGGGGGGGGAGUGGUUUGAUCAAGAGUCUUAAUGAGGAAGCGACAAAGUAAAGAAUUGCCCUGGCAGUGUUUAGAUAUGAGAAACCACUUUCACAAGUGUGAAAUCUGAUCCUGCCCAUGUGAAAAUGUAAAACAUUUCAAUAAAAAAUCAAUUUAGUUUUACCUGGAAAA